AUGAUAUUAAGUGGAGAGAAGGAAGAUUACCAACCUCCAGAAAAUGAAAAAUCUUCAUCUCCAUUAAUCAAAGCUGAUCCAUCAACUUCUACUUUUGAUGUAGCUCCGAAAAAAGAAGAAGAAAAGGAAAAAACAAAUGUUGGAAACAAUCCUGUCAGAAGACCAAGGUCAAUGGGGGGUAGCCGUCAAGUGAGCACAGAAGAUGAAGACGUUGCUAGGAAAAAACAAUCAGAAUCUAGAAAAAGAUCCACGGCAUCUCAGGGUAUGAAACAUAAAAAGAUGCAUCCAGCUGAACGUAGAGCAGCAUUCCUUAUGGCAAAUACUCCGACUACAGAGACAAAUAGCGGAUAUAAAAAGGACCGCAUGCAGUUAAUGCAUUCCGUAGAUUGUCGCGAGCCGAAUUUCCUUUUAAAAGAGCAGAUUAUGGAAAAAUUCGAAAGACAUUCUACAAUUCAUGGAAUAUGUCAUGCCUCGCUAGCUCCAAACAAACGCUGGCGAAGAUUUUGGUUAGGAGUGUUUACCGUGUGUUUCGUUAUUAUGGUUAUUCAAGUUAUAUAUCUAGUUCUCAAAUAUUUGCGCUUUCCAAAAACAGUUGAUCUUGAUCUCAAAUUUGAAAAUGCCCCAUUUCCAUCAGUUACUUUUUGCAAUCUUAAUCCAUACAAAGCCUCAGCCAUAGGGGAAGAUUCAAAAAUUCAAGCAACGUUAGAUGCAUUCAAAGAUAGAGAAAGAGAAACUGGUCACAAAGGAGGAAUUGCUGCCUCUUUAAAAAUCGAGAAUGCUGCAUUAAUCAAAAGAAGAAGGCGAGAAUUAGCUAAAAAAGCUAGACUAGAAGGCUUUGAACGUCGGUAUUUACAAGUUUACGCACAAUGCUACUGUGAAAUAAAUCGGCUUUCGGCAGAAAGAAAGCCAGGAAGUUGCUUUGCCGCUUAUAAAGGAAAAAUUUCCCUUCUAUUCGCAACUGGAAGUCAAUUACAAAAUUUUCAUCCAACUAAAUGUUUAUGUCAAUUUGACUGGAUUAGUAAAACAUUGUGGCCCUGUUUUCCAUGUAAAAAUUUUGGUGUAAAAAUAAAAAAAGGAAAACAUUUUAUUUCAGACAACACAUGGAAAGAACAUAUUUGUACGGAAUGUGUUGAUCAACUUGGGCAUUGUCCAAUGCGUUUCUACUCAUAUGAUAUUGUCGAAUCAAACGGAAAUGGCAGCAAAAAUAAAAGCGUACAAAGAAAUGAUAAAAAAAGGAGACAGAAUGACCAAGACUCGAACUCAAAAAGGGAUAAAUUGAAAACAAAUAAUAAGCAGACUAAUCGGGCAAAGGAAAAGUUCAACGAAACAAAUAUAGAUGUAUGCAUUUGUCACCAAGAAUACAAUCAUUGCGUGCAGAACAAUAUUAACGGAGAAAUUCCUGACAUUUUACCGAGUGAAGAUCUUGAAGGCAUCAACUUUACUGAAAGUUUCGCUACUCCAUCGAAUUAUAGCCGAGAUAGUGAUUUUUUAUUUAAUCCAAUAACAGAAACAACAACCACGACAACUACACGAGCACCAGACGUUGUUGAGGCGAUGGGAUAUGAAGAACUAGAAGACGAGAUAGCAAUAAGAAACAAGGCGCAAGAGAAUCUACGUUUUGCCAUGGGAGAGAAACCAAUAAAUGAGCGAAAAACUAUGUCACAAUCAAAGGAUGAACUAAUAUUAAAAUGUUCCUUUAACCAAAGAGACUGUGAUAUUGAAAAGGAUUUUAAACAAAUUUUUGAUCCGACUUAUGGAAAUUGUUAUACAUUUAAUUGGAAUCGUAAUGCAACAGUUACAGCAUAUAGAGCAGGAGCCAAUUAUGGAUUAAAGGUGAUGCUGUAUGCGAAUGUAUCCGAGUAUUUAUCAAUAACAGAAGCAGUUGGAUUCCGAAUUACUGUGCACGACAAAUGGACGGUUCCAUUCGCGGAUGCUUUUGGAUACAAUGCACCCACUGGUUUUAUGUCUGCAUUCGGUGUUAGAAUGAAAAAAUUUUUUCGACUUGAACCACCUUAUGGACAUUGCAGCGAACGAGGAGAUAAUUCAAAAACAUAUAUUUACAAGGAUUACAGCUAUAGCAUUGAAGGAUGUCAUAGAAGUUGUACCCAACAAGAAAUAAUCAGAAUUUGUGGGUGUGCUGACCCUCUCUACCCAGUUCCUAACUCAGCUCAUGCUUGUCCUGUAAGUGAUCCUGAUGCGAGAAGGUGUAUAGAUAAUGCAACAAGAGAAAUCAGUGAUCUAAUCUCACAAGAUAAAUUAUUCAACUGCACAUGCCCACAGCCCUGCAGGGAAACAGGUUACGAAGUAACUUAUUCGGCCGCAAGAUGGCCUUCAGGAACAACAAACGUAAUGGAAUGUAAAAGCAGCGACGAUCUGUGCAUGGAGAAGUAUAGAACAAACGCAGCAAUGAUUCAAGUAUUUUACGAAGAGCUCAACUAUGAGACAUUAUCUGAAAGUCCGGCUUAUGGAUUGACUAGUUUAAUCGCCGAUUUGGGUGGUUUGACUGGUCUAUGGAUUGGAAUAUCAAUUGUCAGCAUUCUGGAAGUAGUCCAAUUAAUCUGGUUCUGUCUGGAUUUCUACCACACUAAAAAAGUACAAGUAAAACGUUCGAGUACGCCUCUUUCAUCAGUUGGCACAGGUUCGAUCUCAAAACUUAAAACAAGCAAAACGCCAAGUAACAAUCCAUCACUUGGCGGACGUUCUUCGAAGUCAUCAAAAUCAUUACCAAAAGAUAUAGCAGUCAUAAAAGAAGAGCGGGAAAGCCGUCAAAGUAAAAGUAGUUCUUCUACUUCGUCUGGUAGUAGAAAAGCAGAAAGAUAUUUGGGGCCAGGAGAAGAACUACCAUGUACUUGUUUAUAUGGAUCGCGAGGUCAAAUAGUGUUUAUGAAGCCGCUAUGUCCCUUUCACGGUUAUAUGGUGCGUCGUUGCAGUGAUAUGUACUCAAGUGACGAGGAGGGAAAUGAAGAAGAAGACAAUAAAGAGCAUGCGGACAACAUGUAUGAUUAA